UUUAGCGCGGUUUAAAAUACAGGAAGUGACGUUUAACAAUGAAAUAACGCUUUCACUCGUUGGCAUGGAUUUCGGCUAAUAAACAACACUUUGGAAGGGGAUUUUGUAACGCAUUUGAACGUUAGCUACUUCAAAUUAGCAUAGUGUUUUCUUUAGCUAAUCCAUCAAUAUUUAAACAAUCUAGAUUGCGAACGGGAAUAUUUUUCCUACUCUGAAGUCUCUGGUGCUAGCUAGCUAGUUUAGCACAACUGGCUGGCCUUUGUUUGUCAUGGGUGUUUUUCAGACAGUGCCGUUGAUCAGCUAACUAAUAUUUUCGCCUUUCAACAUCCCUGAAUUUUAUAAAGAUGAAGAGAAAUGUGUCUCGAUUACGGUUAAGUCCAAAUGAAGAAGCUCAACUCAUUCGAGAGGAACACGAGAGGAGAAGGAAGCUGCGAAUACAACAGGUGCGGGAACAGGAGCGGUAUAUCGCUCUACAAAUCCGCACGGAGGUGCAACUGCGAAGGGAGCGCGAGCUACAAAACCUGGCAGAGGAGUUGAAGGGGGAGUGGGAGCAACAGCAGAGUGAGAAACUGGAGACCCUGCAAAAGUUAUACCAGGACAAUCUCCGAAUUUUGGGAGAGGGACAUAGAAGUGCCAAAGAAAAUGAGCCUGACUGGGAGGCAAUUGCACAGAAAAAUGAGGAGAAUCAUGUUCGGGCAGAUGAGCGCUAUCGAGUAGCCCUCAAAGAGCUCAAAUCACAGAGACAGAAAGAUCAGGAGGAACAAAAUCGUUUUAUCGAGGCUAGGAAGAAGUCCAUACAGGUGGAGAAGCAGAGGGCAGCAAAAGUGGCCAACUUCCCAUCCCUUCCACCCAACCCAAUUGAGAGUAUUGAGUCAAGGAAGCUGCAUGCAGUGAAGAAAUCAGACGUGGAUGCCUUCUCUGUGACUCACUAUCAUAUGCCAGAGACUGCAGUGGACAGGGAAGUCUACACAGCAGAGCCAAACGCACAGGUGGCGGCAUUGGAGGAGAUGCAGCGCCUGCAGGAGCUAGGACAGGAGGAGCAGAGAGAGAGACGGGAGCAGCUGGAGAAGGCUCGUCUCAGGGGUAACCACGCGCUGAGGAGGGAACAGCUCACACAGGACCGAGAGCGCCUCCUGGUGGAGCUUGAACACAUGCAUCAGACAGACCUUUUGAGACGCAGGCAGGUGAUGGCUCAGAUGCCUGCCCAGAUCUUCCAGCCGCUCCACAAGAGACAGGAGAUGAGGGAGGACUGGCAGAGGGAUAUGGAGUUCGCCUUCGAGGACAUGUACACUGGAGAGAGGAGAGUGAAAGGUGACCUGGUGCUGCAGCUGGUCCCAGAGCCUCUCCUAGCUGUGUCCACUGGCAGCCAGGAUGAAGACCUAGACCUGACCCAGGAGGCCACCCCUGACCUUACACACUUGGCUGGGGCAGAGGAACAACAGGAUGAAGAACCAUCCAGGCCUCUAGGUGGCGCUCCCAGACAGGCCUUGAAGAAACUAUUGACCCGCAUCAGGUCACAGAGAGACCAGUGGAGCUACCGGAGGCUGGUUGUUCCCCCAGGUGACUGCCGAACUACUCCGACAGCAGAGUGCGACACGUCCGCAGGCAUUACGACCAUUGAGACAGGUUCUCUGGCCAGUGAGGAGAGGGGCCGUCCUUUGACCACUAUUUCCAGACUCCCAGACCCCUCUCAGUCAGCCCAAGCUAUAGAGACAACAGAAGAGUCCAUAGUGGCUGGUACCCUGCUCCAUCCUGAUAAACAAGCCAUCAAGAUCCACACAUUUGAAACCGAGAGGAAGAGGAGGGAGGAGGAGCUGGAGAGGCAAAAGCAGGAGCAGAUAGCCCUGCUACAGGAGUUAGAGGAGAAGAAGAGCAGGCUGGAGCUGCUGCUGCAGGAGGCCCAGCAAGAGAGAGAGCAGCUGCAGACGGCCAUGAACCAGGACACACCUGCUGCAUCUGGAACACAGAAAACACCAGCCCAAGACGUCAGCCCUGCUGCUCCAACUCCCGAGUCAGCUGCUGAGGAUGACCACUCCAGGAGAAUCAGAGAGUAUCAGCAGCGUCUCUUUGACCAGAACAGGCUUCAUAAGCAGUCCGUGGAGGAGGCUCGCCGGCGUCUGGAAGGAUACCAACGCACGCUAAGAAACCGCUACUCUGGUCAAACUAGCUCAACAUGUUUCCCUCCUGGUACCACAGCCCGUCUUCUACCACACUUUAAAGGAGGAAUCAAUCCCCCGGCAGUGCCCCUAGAACUCCCCUCUGGUUCUGCCCUACUCCCCUGUCUCCCUGUAGCACUUAGUCCCCACUCUAGAGCUCACACCCCUUUGGACCUCCCCACACAGGAGCCCUCCAUCUUGGCGCAAACUCUCUUCCUCCCUGGCACUACAGUUGGCUCGCAUAUUAACUCCAGAACCUCACCAGUGCAGCUAGAACCCACCUCUGAAAGCCUAAGGGACCAAAGAGCAGGUGUAUGGCUGGCAGAAAAUGUGUUUAGUAGGGUCACAGAGGAUGUCCCUGAGAAGCUACCUCUACCCUCUACCUCGUUAGACCCCCAGUCCUACAGACCACAUCCUGUUUCCCUCCACCCUACUCCACACAUCCCACUCCCAUCAAGAACUGACCCCAUCCCACCCAUCAACCCAACCCUUUCAGAAGGGGGGGCCCCGGUAAAUCCUGGGUCUGUCCUGCGGGCCCCGGCCAGGUUUGGGGAGGAGGUGGAGAGGCAGAGGCAGGAGCUACAGGAGGCCCAGUGGCGGGUGGAGGCCCAGAGGGAGGUGCUCUUCAUGCAGCAGAGGGAACUGGAGGAGGAACAGAGGGAGCAGAGGAGGAGACAGAGGGAGGUGUUACAGGCACUGCUCACUGCUGAUGACACACAGCCUGGUCCAGAGACCACUGAUGGUUUGGGGUCAGAAGUCCUGGGGUCAGAGCGUCUCCGUCUGAUGGCAGCUCUGCUUCGGGCCAUCGAGGAGUCCAAUGGGCAAACCUCAACAUCGGUAGAAACCAGUCAGAGCCAAGAUGACACACUCUACGUCCAGAGUUCACACUCAGACAGACCCGCCCCUCACCCACUCCCCCACCCCCGGGCAGCCAAACCCCCGGUGGCCCGUGCCAGGCUGGCCGUCAUGGAGCAGCACGAGCUCAGUGCCAUCCAGGAGGUGGAGACGCCAGCCAAUGCCAGCCUGAUCACAGAAGAGAGUGUGGCAGUAUCUAUUGAAAGGGCAAUCGCAGAACAACAGGACCACUCGGGCCACUCUGAAAGAGGUCACUCCAGCACCUCUGUGUCCAGUGCAUGGGAACACACAGCUGGGACUGGGAGUGAGACAUUAACCGGGUCUGGUAGAUCCAGCAAGCUGUCCUGGAGAGCGAGACUACAGCUGGAGGCUGGUGCCUCUCCUGGGCCUGAUCCCACCACAGCACUCCCAGAACGGUCUUAUCACUCCUGUCAGUUUGGGAGAGGGGUCCUUGGUAAAUCUACAGAGUUGGAGAGCCUGUCCUUCCAGUCAGCCUGUAGACCCUCAGAACCUGACUACCUGUCCUCUACCACCAUCUCUUCUGGAAGCUAUGCCACCACGGACCCUGAACACACCUCCACGGACCCUGAACACACCUCCACGGACCCUGAACACACCUCCACGGACCCUGAACACACCUCCACGGACCCUGAACACACCUCCACGGACCCUGAACACACCUCCACGGACCCUGAACACACCUCCACGGACCCUGAACACACCUCCACCCAAAUAGACUCUUCCCUGCUCAUGGCUGGGUUUGGAAUGGGAGGAAAUAAAAAGACUGGCUCCUCUUCAUCCAGACACAGUUCCUGUAGGGGUGUAUCCGGUACCAUUUUAGACUCACUCAUACACGGCAGCAGUAUCCAGCGCAUCAUAGACAAAUACACCAGGGAGCUCAACUUUUCUCUUAGUACUGCUGGGAACCAGAUGGGUCCAUCUGCAGUACUAGAGGGGUCAGUGUGUGAGGAGCCAAGCUCCUCUGUGUCGCAGCAGAAGCCCUGGUCUAAGCUACUGCAGGAGAAUGAGGGACCAGAAAGGUCACCUGUUUGGGAGGCCGACCCACACUCUCCCCCCUCGGACAGAGAGUCAGGAGCUCAGGGGCAGGACCAGGAAUGGGACAACACUGUCAACCGGAUCAUGGAUCGCCUCUCAGACAAGUCCUCCUCAUUGGUUCUGGACCAGUGGCGGGACUCCACUUUCAGCCCAAUGACUGGCCAGCCCUCGGAUAAGUCAUCCUCGCCGGGCCAAGGGUGGGACUCUACUUUGAGCAGAAUGAUUGGCCAGCUCUCAGGUCAAUCAACCUCACUGGACCAAGGGUGGGAUUCGACUUUGAGCAGAAUGAUUGGCGGGCUCUCCAAUCAGUCAAUCUCUGUCAGCCAGCGACUGGACCAGUCAUCCCAGUGGCUAGAUGAAGUCCAGGAUGAGAGCCGGGUGAUGAGGCCUCUGGCUGGAGAGCUGGAUGAGUCUGCUGCCCAAUGGAGUGGGAGCUCAGAAGCUGGUGGUUCUAACUCCCGAGGCUGGGUGGAUCUGAGGGUCUCGGGCCAGACAGGAGUGUUUUCUGAUCCAGAGGGAGCCUCUGAAUCCCAGUUACUGAGCAGCUCCUCUCUCCCUGGACGGGAGCCCCCACACUACCAGAGCCUGCAGCACUCUGGGGCCUGCUCCCAGGAAGAAGACAGGACUGGGGUGGAUCCAGCCUCCGACUCCUUCCACCCCCUCCUGGCUGAGGUCACGCAUAACGAGACAGCCGAACCCUUCAUGACCUUUCACCUUCCAGAAGAGGAAGUGGAGGGGCUAUGUUCCCACGACGAAGAUGGUGACCAUGAAGCACCUGCAGGGGACCUUGAGCUCUCUGCAUGCUCAGAGGAGUUUGAGGAUGACACAGACCCCUCCGUCACCUCUGAAAUGUCUCCUGAGCGCCUGAGAGGAGCGGAGGAGCCACCUCAGCCCUCGCCCGCCCUGCACGACUCCUUGUACCAGCUGACCAUAUCCCAGUGCCUCCCCCAUGACUCUGCCCUGCAGGUAUCCCCUGGAGCGGAGGAGGUUGGUCUAGCAGCCUGUGAAGAUGUCUCCACUUUGGACAUGCCACUUGAAGGAGGGGACACUGAUAUGGAGAGUACACCAACACCUCAGAGACUUGACAAAAGAGGUGCUAUUAAAAUUGAGGACCUGGAUGCAGGAGAGCCAGAUGAUCAGCUAUGUUCAGAGUCAAAGAUCCGCCCUCCCAUCUGGGAGAGAAUAAUGGAGGUGGGCAGUGUGAAGGGGAUUAUGGAUGAGUCCAUGCUGACCCUGGUGAGCCUGACAGACACCACACUACAGGGCCAGGAACUCACUGAGGAAGGAGAGAUGGAGGAAUCAAAGUCGACGAUGUUGCCAGAGGAGGACGCCAGUCUACAGGAGAAAGAGACAACCCCCUCUCAUGCAGUGAUGCUACUGGAGUUCCAGUCGUGUCCCAGCGUGAAUCUACAGGAGGCCUUCCAGCAGAAACGCAGUGCCCUGAUCCAGAGGUCUGCCCGCAGGGUGGAGGAGAUUCAAGCCAAGAGGGAUGAAGCCAGAGCCAACACAAUCACCAGGGACCAGUCUGACCCAACCACUGUUCAGUCAACCACUUUUAAACCCAGGAGAGAGGGGAGGAGUGCAGAGUCAACCCAUGCAGGAGGGUAUGCCAAGCAGAAAAAGCAACAGCCAAAGCCCCAAACUCCCUUGCAGCCUCCCAUGCUAGCCAAGCUGAAGAAGGUUGGGGAGGUGAGGAUCAGCACUCCUGAGAUAAGGAAACAGGACGUGGCUGAGAUGCAUAAGAGAACAGAGAGGUUGUACAGCCGACUAGAUGAGGUGAAGCUUCAGAAGGAGGUCAGGACCAGACAGGAGGCAUAUGCCAACAACAGGGAGAAGGCCAAAGAGUUUCAUAAGAAAACCUUACAGAAGCUACGGGCCAAGCAGUCUUCGCAAUGAUUUUGAAGAUCGAUUGCUGUUGUCAUGUGUGUUUGCACGUAUUUUGUACUUGCGUGUAUACAUUGUAUUUUUGUGCAAUUUGUAAUCAGUAAUUUAAAAGAUAAUAUUUGUAAUAAAGUGUAUAUACAUAAA